UGCGGCUUUUAAAGUGUCUUUCACGUUGCCAAAUAAGGACAACUAUGAAGGGGAGUGCAAAAGGACACCUGAGGGUGUGCUUGAGAGGAGUGGUUAUGGAGUCCACACCGGUGCCAACAGAACUAUGUACGUCAGCAGCUGGAAAAAUGACAAGAUGAAUGGUACUGGAAGGCUAGAACAUCCUUCUGGGGCAGUUUAUGAAGGCGAGUUCAAAGACAACAUGUGUCAUGGGGCUGGAACCUACACAUUUCCAAACGGAGCAAAGAACAUUGAACCAUUCAAUGAAAACAAGAUGGAAGGUGAAGGAGAUGUUAUAGAUGAAAAUGGAGCGGAGUGGCACAUUUCAUGUCUCGGCAGCAGUGGGACUGAAGCAGAAGUUGAAAACGUAGCUAUUUGGCACAGGUUAAAGGCAGCUCUCUGGUUGCAUUCUGGGUUCAACAUCUGUGACCAGUUUUCAACAGGCAUCAUUGAUUUCUUCAUGUAUUUAUUAAAAAUAACCCCUGAGGAUGCAUGUUAA